AAUGUAACACCAGACUGUUGGGUGAACUUGGAGUGUCUUCAUUGUCAGCAAAUGGCAUCGCCGGCCCUUUUUUCACUCUGACACUCGACAGCUUGUUUCCUGUACAGCCGUCAGUCGCUCUGCACCAUCAACAACAUGGCUAUACGCAGAAAAGACAGCUUCCUCUGGGGGAAAGCUCCACCAAAACCCCCCCCAGAAGAGAGGGGGCAGGGUGAAGGCAUCAGGAUUCACAAAUUUGAGUUGCUGGAUGACAUUCAGAAGCUGAGGCUGGAGAUCAAUCAUGUCAUGCCAGAAAUCCACAUCCCUGAACCAAAGGAGCAGAAUAAAGACGUUGUGAGGAACAAGAGAUUCUUACGAGGGAAAAAGAAAUUCAACAUGGACCCCAAAAAGGGUGUCCAUUACCUGGCUGAAAAUGACCUCCUGGAAUGGCGAGCAGAGUCGGUGGCCGAGUUUCUUUACAAAGAGGAGGGACUGAACAAGACCGCCAUCGGCAACUUCUUGGGAGAAAGAGAGGAAAUGCAUCUGCAGACACUGAAGGCGUUUGUGGGCCUGCAUGAAUUCUCAGACCUGAAUCUGGUGCAGGCGCUGAGGCAGUUCCUGUGGAGCUUUCGUCUCCCGGGAGAAGCUCAGAAGAUUGACAGGAUGAUGGAGGCGUUUGCAACUCGCUACUGCAACUGUAACCCAGGGGUCUUCCAAUCCACAGACACAUGCUACAUCCUGUCUUUUUCCAUCAUAAUGCUCAACACGAGUCUCCACAACCCCAACGUGAAGGACAAGCCCAGUCUGCAGCGGUUUGUUGCCAUGAACAGAGGAAUCAACCACGGGGAGGACCUGCCCACAGAGUUGCUCACGAAACUGUACGCGAGCAUCCGCAAUGAGCCGUUCAAAAUCCCAGAGGAUGAUGGGAACGACCUCACGCUGACCUUUUUUAAUCCAGACAGAGAAGGCUGGCUCCUUAAAAUCGGUGGACGAGUUAAAACCUGGAAGAGGAGGUGGUUCAUUUUGACAGACAACUGCUUGUACUACUUUGAAUUCACCACAGAUAAAGACCCAAUUGGGAUUAUUCCUCUGGAGAAUCUGUGUGUCAGGAAGCUACAAGACACAAACAAACCGUAUUGUCUGGAGUUAUAUAACCCCAAAGGACAAAAAAUCAAGGCCUGCAAGACGGAGAACAAAGGCAGAGUGGUGCAGGGUAAACACCAGUCUUAUAAACUCAGUGCAAGCAGUGCAGAAGAACGGGACGCCUGGAUAGAAGCGAUCAGGGCAAGCAUCACCAAAGACCCGUUUUAUGACCUGGUGUCGCUACGAAAAAGGAAAGUUAUCAGCAACACUUCCUAAUAGCAAGGAAACACAAGACAUCCGAGGUAACGACAUCAGAGUUUGGAUCCUGGACAAUGUAUUUUAAUGGACGAAUCAUAUGUGUUUUUCUGACAAAAAUACAUACUAUACUAUACUUGCACAGCAUUUCAAAGAAAUGUACAAAUAGGGAACUUACACUGGCUGACAUGAACAAUGAUACAACAAAUUCUGUAAGUGGCUCUGAAGUGUAAAGUCUUAAAAAUUCUUCUGCAAUGUGCAUGCACUACUGCUUCAGAGGCGGGAUAUUACUGUCAAACAUCUGCUGCAGGGGCGUGUCCAGAGGGGCGGCACUGCCCCCCUGGAAUCUGAUUGGCUACUUGUGGUGACUUCUGGUACCAAGUUGGCUUGUAAGUGUCAUGGGUGGAUGAAUGAACGGGCCUACUGGGUGCCAGCCAUUUCUUGUGGGAGAGUAAUGCUUAACAACUACAAGAUGUACAACAACCACGAAGAGAUGCAAAACAAAGGAAAAAAAGACUCAAAAGGA